CAUUUUGCAAGUACCAACGGAAAUCCACAAACAAACGUCAACAUGGUCGACUGGACAGAUGCUGAGCGCAGUGCCAUCGUAGGCCUGUGGGGAAAGAUCAGCGUGGAUGAGAUCGGACCCCAGGCCCUGGCCAGACUUCUGAUCGUGUCUCCAUGGACUCAGAGACACUUUAGCACCUUCGGCAACCUGUCCACACCCGCUGCCAUCAUGGGUAACCCCGCCGUGGCCAAGCACGGAAAGACCGUGAUGCACGGACUGGACAGAGCUGUGCAGAACCUGGAUGACAUCAAGAACACCUAUGCUGCACUGAGUGUGAUGCACUCCGAGAAACUGCACGUGGAUCCCGAUAACUUCAGGCUCCUCGCCGACUGCAUCACCGUGUGCGUGGCCGCCAAGCUCGGUCCAAGCUCAGAACUCCAGUCCGUUAGGCUGGAAGCUCUACAUUUAAAAGCAUUUAUCUUUUUGAAGUAUUGUUUAUGGAAAACGCUCUCCUGUACUGAUGGUACAAGGUUUCUUCACUCUAAAAAUUGGGGAAUGUGAAUGAAAGAAACUGUU